ACAGCCAGAAUGGGAAAGAUCAUAUUUUAUGAAGACAGGAACUUUCAGGGGCGUCACUAUGAGUGUGCCAAUGAUUCUGCUGAUUUGCAUUCAUACUUCAGUCGUUGCAAUUCUAUUCGAGUUGAAAGUGGGUGCUGGAUGAUCUAUGAGCACCCUAAUUAUGGAGGGUACCAGUACUUUCUGAGUAGGGGUGACUACCCUGAGUACCAGCGCUGGAUGGGAUUGAAUGACUGCAUCCGUUCAUGCCGCCUGAUUCCACAACACAGAGGUUCAUAUCGACUAAGAGUCUAUGAGAAGCCUGAAUUUGGAGGCCAGAUGAUGGAGUUCACAGACGACUGCCCAUCUGUCUAUGAUCGAUUCCGUUACCAGGACAUCCACUCCUGCAGUGUAAUGGAUGGUUACUGGCUCUUCUACGAGCAGCCUAGCUACAGGGGAAGGCAGUACUUCCUGAGACCUGGCGAGUAUCGGAAGUUCAGUGAUUGGGGUGCCACAAGCCCUAGAGUCAGCUCCUUUAAGCGUAUCACAGAGUUCUUUUAA